AUGAUUUUCGAGCAACCCCUGAAUGAGGAAAGAUUAUCAGCACCAUGGCGAAGGAAGUUACCAAACGAAAAACCAAUGUUCUCGUUACUCCACAAAGAAGAAACAGCCCACGAAGAUGGUAUCUGGUCAUGUUCAUGGGGACGUACACAACCAGCUGAAAAAUCGGCCGCAGAUGAAUCGGCCACAGAAAAAGAUCCCGACGCCAGUAGAGAUUCCUUUUUGGGUAUUGAAAGUAAAACUAGUAAAGAACCCGUUGAUUUUAUUGUCACCGGUGGCCUGGAUGAUUUGGUUAAGGUAUGGGAUAUCAAAGAAGAUAACACGUUAAAGCUGCGACAUUCAUUGAAGGGCCAUUCGUUGGGUGUUGUAUCGGUGGCUGUGAGUUCGGAUGGCAAGACAAUUGCCAGCAGUUCUUUGGAUUCCAGUUUGUGUUUUUGGGAUUCGGAAAGUGGCCAACAAAAACAUUUACUCUCAUUUGGUCCUGUCGAUUUGUGGACAGUAGCAUUUUCACCAUGUGAUAAAUAUGUCAUCUCCGGUUCCAAUGAAGGCAAAAUAUCCAUGUAUAAUGUAGAGUCGGGUAAACAGGAACAGAUCUUGGAUCCACAAAAUGGAAAGUUUACUUUGAGUAUAGCCUAUAGUCCUGAUGGAAAAUAUAUUGCCAGCGGUGCCAUUGAUGGUAUUAUUACCAUUUUUGAUGUGGCAGCUGGCAAAGUAACCCAAACAUUAGAAGGUCAUGCUAUGCCCGUACGCAGUUUAUGUUUCUCACCGAAUUCACAAAUGUUGCUGACCGCAUCCGAUGAUGGUCACAUGAAGCUUUACGAUGUUGCCCAUUCGGAUGUAGCCGGUACCCUAUCUGGUCAUGCUUCAUGGGUAUUAUGUGUCUCAUUUUCGGAAGAUGGCAAACAUUUUGCCUCAUCGUCAAGUGAUACAACCGUUAAAAUAUGGGAUUUUGCUGAACGUAAAUGUAUGCACACAUUUUCGGAACACAGUGAUCAGGCAUGGGGUGUCAAAUAUAGUACAUCAAAUGAUAAGGUUGUCUCAGUGUCGGAAGAUAAAUCGCUUAAUUUAUAUAAUUGUCCACCAAAUGUUAUCGUAUAAAAAGGAACAC